UGUUACAUCAUUACGUUUUCCUUCAUCUAUUUCAAUAACUACAUCUUUGAAUGGUUCAUUAUCAUCUGCAUCAAGUUCUAUUUCUAGUACAAAACCAUUAUCACCACAACAUCAAACUAGUAGUAUUCGUCAAUCUAUACCACGAGCAAAUAAUUUAGUGGAUUUAAAAGUAAAAACUCAAAAGUUAAAUCAAUCUCAUAAAAAAUCUUAUGAUUAUCAAAAUAUUAAUAAUUAUACAGUGAAUGGUGAUAUCAGUAAUCCGUGUAAUAAUAAUAAUUCAUCUGUAACUCGAAGUAAUAAAUUACAACAGAAAACACUUACUACUUCAAUAUCAUCAUUAUCAUCGACAAGAAUAACAACAACAACAACAUCAAUAACAGCAGUGACAGCAACCUCACCUACAAACACGACUGUACCAGGAUCAUUAAUCUUGAAUAUUAAACAACAACAAAAGCAGCAACAUAGACAACAGAAUACUUCUAUUGAUGUUAUAUGCGAUUCAACAACAACAACAACAGAUGAACUACAAUCACAACAACAGAACUCGUUAUCUGAGCCUAAAAGUGCUCCAGUCGGUAUUAGCGCUAAUCAUUCAAACAAAUCAAAUAUAUCCAAUCAAUUUAAAGCGUCCAGUUUUGAAAGAUCAGGAUUAAAAUCUGUAUCUGAUUUAAAUAUUAAACCAUCUAAAACAAAAUCCAAUCAUCAUCAACAACAACAGCAUCAUAGCAACUAUCAAAAACAAAGAAAUUCUCCAUCACCAAAAAAAUCAAUAAUCAAUAAAUUAUCACCAAGUGAAAUAGAUAAAAAUAAAUUUCAUAAUUCAUAUUACUUAACUAAUUUAUCACCAAAAUUAUCAUUAGAACAAAAAUUAAUCAAGACAACAGAGAUUAAUACAUCUACAAUAGAGAAUAUAUCAAUAACUUCAUCUGGUAUACCAAUACCACGUCAAUUAAAUUUAUAUCAACAAUCAAAUAUGAAUUCAUAUCAUAUGUCAUCAUCAUCAUCAUCAUCAUCUUCAAAGAUGAAAGAAUCUCCAACAAAACUGGAUCGUAUACCAUAUAUGAAUUAUCCAAUUCAAAAUCAAUUAACUUUAGAUAAUCAAAUGAUAAUUAAUAAUACAACUUGUAAUAUAAAUAUGAAUAUGAAUAGUAUAGAUAAUACAUAUCAAACAACUAAUAUUCAACCACGUAUAACAUUAAAUCAAUAUUAUCAUAAUACUACUACUAAUACUACUACUACUACUACUACUACUACACAGAAACAAUAUCCAUAUUCAAUAAACUAUAAUCAAUCAAUAACAUGUAUGAAUAAAUUAUCGGGAAAUGGUAUACAUACUAUUACUAGUACUAGUACUACUACUCCUACUCAUCCUCCUACUCCUGCUCAUACUACUAUGACUACGAUGACUACGAUGACGACUACUACUACUACUACUAUACCAAUGAAUAUUCAUCAACAAAAUACAAAUCAAACUUUAAAACAAAUAACUACAUCUCAAGAAAUAUCAUCAUCAAUGAAUUAUUCACCUUCUCUACCACCGCCGCUGCCUCAUCAUCAUCCUUCACAUUAUCAUCAAUAUCAACAUCAAUAUCAUCCUAUCCAACAUCCAAAUACAUUUAGUUUAGGAACAAAUGAAUUUCAACAUCCAAUUACACCAGAACGAUCUCAUUCAAUCAAUCCAAUAUCAACAAGCACAAUACAACCAUUAAUGUCUAAUUAUCUUCAUGAUACACGACGUUAUAUGACAGGAAACAGUGUAUUUGAACAAAGGACUAAUCAACAACAACAGCAACAUUUUCAACCUACCCAACAAACUCAUCAAUCUCAUCAUCAAACAAUACAGCUUCAAUCAAAUUCACACAUCAUUAAAACUGGUAUUCCUUAUUCAAACGAUACGAAUGUUAUUUGUUCUACAAUACCCAUAGGUCUACCACCAGCACCACCACCACCGCUCAUACAAUGUACACAUAUGCACAAUCAUCCAUCCAAUGUAAACAUACAACAAUACUCACCUAUAAUUCAGCCAUUUGUUCCACCGAUUUCAUAUCGUCCAGCUGCUCAAGCGCCGAAUUCUAAUUUUAUGCCAAUUACACACUGUAAUUAUUCAAGCGUAACAAAUACUGCUCCUACUGUUGCCAUAACGACCACCAACACUACUACUACUACUAUUUCUACUAUCAAUAGUAUUACUACAACUACUAGUGUAAACAAGAAUAAUACAGUCAUAAGUCGUCGUGUUAGAAUUCAAGAGACAGGUCAAGCUCAAAAUUUACCUAAUCAUCAAUCCAUGCAUUCAGCACAACAAGUCAAUAAAACACCAUUGAUAACAAAAACUAGACAAGAAAUGAAUGCGACUACUACUAGUACUAGUACUAGUACUAGUAGUAGUACACCAACCAAUCUGACAUACAAAUAUUUGCCUAAUAUAUCCUCUCAAACGCAAAAUGUGAAAGAAAUUACCCAACCUUCAUUAGAACCUCUUCAUUCUCAAUCUGGUUCACUUAAUCCUAUUCAAUCUACUGGAAUAAUUACAACAGAGACUACAUCAUCUAGAUUAACAUCAACAACUCUACCAGUAAUCCACACAGAACAACAAUCAUCUACACUAAUCAAUAAUAAUACAUCCAUUUCAUCAACAUCAUCAUCAUCAUUAUCAUAUCAUAAAAGUUUAAGUAAAAAAUCAAUAGACAAUACAGAACAACGUCGUAAAGCUCGUGAAUUAUAUGUUGCAUUAAAACAACGUUAUCCAUCAACUAAUCAUAAUAACACGAUAAAUAAUGAUUCUGUAAAUCUACAUCACCGUCAUCAUCAUCAUCAUCAUCAUCAUCAUCAUGAUCAACGUCAACAACACCAUCUUAAUGAUGAUGAUCAUGAUGAUAAUGAUAAUGAUAGAAUACAAAUAUCUGAUAUAAAAACUAUAAUAAAACCAAAUGAGAAUAAUGAUGAAACAAACGAUCUAUCAAAACAUCCUAUAAAUACCACAUUAAUUACCCAAUCCAUUGAAUUAAAUAAUACAAAUCCAAUACUUAUACAAACAUUACAACAAUCUAAUACUUUAACAAAUUAUAAUCUAUCAAAAACUAAUCCAUUAAAUAAUCAUUAUUAUUUAGAAAAUAAUUUACAAUUAAUCCCAUCAAAAUCAAAUGAGAUUCAUCAAAAUAAUCUUGAUCAACAACAACAACAACAACAACAACAACAACAACAAGAACACCACCACCACCAACAACAACAACACCCUCAACAACAACGACAACAAUGUCAACAACAACAGCAUCAACAACAACAACAGCAACACCAACAACAAGAACAUCAACAACAACACCACCACCAAGAGCAACAUCAGCAACAACACAAUUCAUGUGUAUCAGAGAAAGUUAACAUGUAUAAUAGUCAAUCAUUACAAUCUAAUAUAAUCAAUAAAAGAUAUAAUUUAUUAAAUAAUAAUCAUCAUCAAAUGAUUCGAACAUAUUGUGGUUAUCAAUCAGAUAGUGGAAUAGAAUUUAAUAAUUUAACAAAUCAUAAUAUAAAUUUAACAUUACCAUUUCAAACAAAACAAUUUAAUAAUAAUCAUAAUGAUCCAUUAUAUACUACUCAUAUAAUUGGAUCAUUACCAAGAAAUCUAAAUAAUUCAUAUUCUAUGAUAUAUCAAUCAAAUAUGUUAAAUUUUAAUUCUAUGAAAUCAUCUAUGAAUCAAAUGGAUGUUAAUCAUGAACAACAACAACAACAACAACAACAGGGAGGAGGAGGAAGAGGAGUUGGAGAAGGAGGAGGAGGAGGAGGAGGAGGAGGAGGAGGAGGAGUUGGAGACAAAGAAGAGAAUCUAGGCAAUUAUGCACGUCGUAUGCAUGAACGAUUACAAGAAGGUAUGAGAGAAGCGCAAGAAUCAUUAUGGAUGCCUGAUUUACCAGAAUUGAAUAGAAUGAAUCGAUUAAGUGGUAGUUCAUCAAUCAAUAAUAAUAGUAACAAUCAUUCAUCCAUUGCACAGUUACCUGAUGGAAUAACAAAUUUAAGUAUUGAUAGAAAAAAACAAACAAUCCCGAAAAAAAUCAAUUCAGAACCUUCAACUCAAUUAAAAGAAAAAAAUCCUAAUAUGGACAAUUGUUUGUCACCACCCUCACCACCAUCACCAUCUUCACCACCAUCACCAUCAUCAACACCACCAUCAUCAACAUCACCAUCACCAUCAUCACCAUCACCAUUCAUUAAUUCUAUAAACAAUAAUAAUAAUAAUCAUCAUUAUUCCCCUUUGAAUUCAAGAUUUUAUUGGUGCAAUAAAUUACAUAAUAAUCAACCAAUCAUAAACAAUUGCAAUUUACAAUCUCUUAGUAACAAUAAUAGUAAUAAUAAUAAUAAUAAUAAUAAUAAUAAUGAAUAUACUAAUAUGGAUAUCAAAAAUGGUGUAUGUUCAGAUGUGGAAGAUUUAUUAAAUCAACAUGAAAGACGAUUAAUGUCCAUUUCAGGAAAUGAUAACGAUAAGAAACCCAAUGAAUUAACACGAUUCAACUCAGCUUCAGAUACAGAAGAAUUUCUUUCUAAUGACUAUAGAAUUCAAGCAUCGAUAAGAGCUAUGAAUUAUGGUUACAUGGGAUGUGAUCCAAUUCAACCUUCAUCAUAUAAUUGGUUACGUAAAGUUAAUAACAAUGAAACUGUUGGAGAUGGAUUGCAUAAUCGUCAUUUUAUUCCACCAAGAUUAUGUAAUCUAGAUUCUAGUAUAAAUCAGUCAGAUAGACUUGUUUCCGCAUCGGGUAUAUCACAACAACAAAGUCUGUUGACAAGAGCAAGACGAAGACAAAUUGACGGUAGAUCAUUAUCAUCGUCUAUCGCAAAGCAUGAUGAUGCUGAAAGAAUUUAUGGAAUUGUUCCAUUAUCACCAUCUUAUUUAUAUAAUCAAUUUAUGCCAUCUACUGGUUUAAUGAUCAAAGGAAUGAUGAGUAAUAGUAGUAGCAGUGGUAAUAGAACUAAUCAAGAUAAUGAGAUAACUUUUCCAGGAACUAUAAGUGCACCACCUGGAACACCAAUUAAAUUACCAUAUGCUGCUCCAGCCAGUCUAAUUGGUACAACAUCUGGCUUUAGUUGCCCAGAAUCUGGUUCACAAAUAAUCAAUGGAUUAGGAGUGAAUGGUUCAAGACUAUCACUUACUUCAAAUGGAUCCUGUGUAUCUACGGUAGAGGAAAAACAAGCUGAAGAGAUACAAAAACUUAAACGUAAACUUGAACAAGCUGAGAAAAAAGUUAGUGAAUUAACAACACAAUUAACAACGAAUGGAAUAAUGGAUGCUUUAUAUCCGAAUUUUUAUUCACUAACAUCGGUUACUUCAGAACCAUUAGAUCCACGUGUACGUCGUCGUUCACUAAUAUGGGGUAUUAAUAAUACAACAAUAACAACAACAACAACAAUAAUGAUUACUACUCCUAUCAACACUAUAGAUACUACUAAUAACGAUACUACUAUUAUUACUUCUAGUAUUAAUAAUAAUAAUAAUAAUAGUAAUAUAAGUAGUCAUGUUAUAUUCCCUAAAACAACAAAUAUCCCCAAUUAUGAUUGUUCACAAAAAAAUCAAUCAAAAAAGGAUACAGGAUUAAUGAAUCGUCGACGUAGUGUAAGUUCUAAUCCAUUAAAUCGUAAUUCACUAUUAUUAUUAUGUAAUACUAAUAAUAAUCAAUUAACUGAUAGAAAUAAUAUCAAUAAUCAAUCAGAAAAUUUAACACCACCAUCUCCACCAUUAUUAUUUACUGAUAACCAAUUAUCAAUCAGAAAUUCUACAUUAACAACAUUACCACAAACAACAUUAUCUGAAUUAUCAACAGUUUCAUUGAAUAAUCCUUAUUCAUCUAACCAUUCAUUAAAAUAUCAAAUAAGAGAUGUAUCCAAGAUAUCAACUAUAACCGGUAAUAAUACAUUAUCACCACCACCACCACCAUCAUCAUCAUCACCAUCAUCAUCAUCAUCAAGAGGUCGGAGAAUAAUUCAUAAUCCUAUACAAUCAAUAAUAGAUGAGAAAUUCAAUCAUCAUCCAAUAACUUCAUCGAUAAUCAAUAAAAAUCUAUAUCCUUCUAAUCAUGAUCAAAUAAUUCAAGAAAGAUCAUAUAUUAUUAAAGAUGAAGGUUAUUCUGUGAAUCAACAAUAUAAACAAUCUUGUGAACAUUUCAAACAAAUCGAGAAUGACCGGUUAUUGAAUAAUCAAUUAAUCAAUAAUCAUCGAAAUACUUAUUCAUCUCCUGUAUAUUCUAUAAAUAGUAAUUUAAGUAUACAAUCUGCUAUAAGUUUACAAUCAUUAGAUCAAUUGAAAUCAAUGAAUUUACCGAAUCGAAACUAUUCAAAUGGGAAUAAUCUGGUUCCCAUUACUACUACUACUGCUACUACUACUACUAGUAGUAGUAGUAAUAGUAGUAGUGGUGGUGGUGAACGUUCAUUCACAGAGACAAUUAAUAAUCAUUCAUUACAAUAUGGUUAUUAUCAAGUACCUUUAAAUGAACGUCAACAUCAAUAUUCAUCACCUUUUCAACGAUCCGAUUCUUUUACAAAGACAUCAUCAUUAUCAUCAUCAACAACAACAACAACUGGAUUACCUAUUAGUAAAAACAAUUCCUUAGUUAUAGGAAAUGAUUCAUUCAAUAGUAUAACUUCCCCAAUUCAAUCGAAUUCACUACAUAAAAGUAGAAUUCGACCAAUGGAAAGAAGACGUUAUACUCAAUAUGGAAUUACUUAUCAUAAUAAUAAUAAUAAUAGUAAUAAUGAAUUGGAAAAUGAAAUGAUCAGAUUAAAACAAAAACAACAACAACAACAACAAUACACUACAAUUCCACAAAUGUUGACAAGAUCUUCUAAAUUGUCUAGAACCAAUUCAGAUGUACAUGAACAAAAUGGUAUUUGUUCAACAUAUCAAUCAAUAAUUACUGAUCUACAUAUGGAUAAUAAUAGGGAUUUAUCGAUAGUAUCAAAUAUAAGGCGUCAAAAACCAGUCAAUAGUCGAAGGGCUCAUGUUGUCUCAGCUUUUGAACAAAGUUUAAACAAUAUGUCACAACGACUACAGAAUUUGUCGAAUACCACAACAAGGAAGGAUUCAGAACUACAUGAAUUAAGAGCAACAAUUGAUGCAUUACGUAGUCAAACAGAAUUAGGACUAUUAAAAAAACCGCCAAUUAGUCGACCUUGUGAAUUGAAUAGAUCAUUUACUAAUGAUACAUUAAAACAACAAGAAAAUUCAUGCAUUUCUACUGCUACUACUAUUACUACUUCUACUACUAUUAUUACUACUAAUACUACUUCCAAUAUUGGUAGUAAUAAUGAGAAUGAACAAGCACAUAUUAAUUCACGUUUAACAAUUUCAAAUGCAAGUCUUACUGAUGUAGAUAGUCAACAGCUACAAAUGGAUAAUACAAUUGAUAAAGUAUCAUCUACCACAUCCGGUUGUAAAUCUUCAGGAACUAAUGUGAAGAAAAAUGGAUGGUUUCGUAAUUCACUUGGUAAAGCAUUCCGUAAAAAGACUACAUCAUCAUCAACAUUAUCAAUACAUUCACAAAGUGAUUUAGAUUGUCCUACAUCAUCAAUACAACACAAAUCUACCUAUCAUGGUAACAGUAAUAAUAAUAGUCUUCCUCCUGGACAUCCAUCUAACUUACCACAAAGUCCAACUAUGGAUCAUAAAGGAUUACAUAAUACUAUGAUAAAUCAAUCUAAUAUGAAUUCUAUACAAUCUAAUAGUCAUAUAAAUGCUUUAUCUAUCUUAUCUAAUACACAUUUAAAUGGUUUAUCUCCAUCGAAUUCAUCAACAUUAUCAUCGUCAUCAUCAUCAUGGAGUACACUAGGAAUAAAUGGAAAUGGUCAACAUAAUUGUAAUAUCAUUACUGCUACGACUAAUAUUACUACUACUAUUAGUAGUAGUAAUAGUACUAUUGUAUCAUAUACAAAUGAACAAAUUGAUCGUUUGAACAAUGCACGAAUACAGCAGCAGCAACAACAACAACAGGACCAUCGACCAAUCCAUUCAAAUCAAAUCAGUUGCUCAAAUCACUUAGUUAACUAUAAUGAAUCAGAUAAACAAAAUAAAUUAUUCAAUGUUGAAGAUGGUGAUAGAAAAAUCCUGGACAGUAAUGAUAAUAAAUCAGAAUUAAAUAAACAAUCAUGUCAAGAUGAAUUGAAUCAUUUAAAAUGUCAAUUAGCUGAAAAAGAAUCUAAAUUAACUGAUGUACAAUUGGAAGCUUUAGCAAGUGCCCAUCAAUUAGAUCAAUUAAAAGAUGAAAUGUCACAUUUAUAUUCACAAUUAAAUUAUCUACGUACAGAUAAUGAAAGAUUACAAAUAUUAGUGACACAUUUACAAAAACAACAACAUUAUCAUCAUCAUCAUCAACAUCAACAACAACAUCAACAUCAGCUACAACACAGUAAUACUCCUCCCCCUCCUCCCCCUACUACUACUACUACCACUACCACUACCACUACUACUACUACUACUACUACUACUACUAAUAAUAAUAAUAAUAAUAAUAAUAAUAAUAAUAAAUUGUUGCUUACGAAUAAUGAGAAUGUAACGACAAGUACUACCACUACCAUUACAUCUACAGCUACUAAUACUGAUGUCCAUUGUAGUAGUAAUAGUAAUAAUAAUAAUAAUAAUAAUAAUAAUAAUAAUAAUCAGAUAAUGAUCAAUACAAAUUGCAACUCUUUACCACAGACAAUACAACAUAAUCCAAUUGGAUUACAUAAUGAUAAUAAUAUGUCAAUAUUAUGUAAUGCAGAGAUAAUACCCGUUGAAUGUGUUACUUGUUCAAAUCUAUUUAUUGGAUUUUCUGAAAGAACAAUUCAUUUAAACAAUUCAUUAAUUGCAAUAGUUAAUCUUAAUUUAUCCAAUCCUCAACACAAUAAUAAUAAUAAUAAUAGUAAUUCAUCAACUCAUUCUAUUUUAAAUAUUGGUAUCCUUUAUUUAACAAAAUUAAAUAAUUGGGAAUCUAUAAAUAAUAAUCUUAUAAAUUUAUAUCAUUUAUAUAUAUCCUAUUUGAAUUUAAAUGAUGCGCAUGACCUUCAAAUGAAUGAAUUUAAACAAUAUCAAUUACAUAUUGAUUCUUUGAAUUAUACAUGGAAUAUUGAAUUUCAUCAAAAUACAUUAAUCUAUACUAUUCAAUUUAAUAAUGAGAAUAAUCAUAAAAUAAAUCAAACUUCUCAAUAUUUCAUGGAUUUAAUUCAAUCUCAAUUGAAACCAUUCAAUAUUCAAUUAUCUAUCAAUGAUCAUUUAUUGAAUAUUGAACAAACAAAUUUAUUGGCGGAUUAUUCAAAUUAUUAUCAUAAAAAUUUAUUAAAAAAUUUAAAUAAUUUAAUGAUAAAAACUUUAUUAAAUAGUGAAAUUUUAUAUUUUUAUUAUGAAUUAUUAUAUACAUAUUAUGUAAUGAUAUUUUAUGAUAUAGAUGAUAUAUAUAUGAAUAUAGUGAUACAAUCAUUUUAUGAACAUAUAUGUACAAGUAUAAAUUCAUCUUUAUUGAAAUUACAUCAUUUUAAUUUAUCUAAUGGUGAACAAACUACUAUGAAUAAUUUAUAUGAAUGUUUAUUACAAUAUAUAAAUAAUACUAUGAAUAUAUCAGAACCAAUAUCAUCUAAUUUAAUUAUUAUAUUCUAUAUUCAAUCAAUGAAUCAAAUUCCUAAUGAAGAUUAUAUAAAAAUUAUGAAUUAUUUUCAAUAUUAUUAUAAUGAAAAGAAAGAGAAUCCAACAAGAAUAUGUUCAAUAUAUCUAAUUGGUACUUGGAUAACAUCAGUUGGCAACAGUUCAAUUGAAUCAUCGUCAUCAUCAUCGUCAUCAUCGCCGUUAUCAUCAGUCCCAGGUCCACUUCAAAACCUAACAACAUCAUCAUCAUCAUCAAUGAAUGUAAAAUUGAUCUCAUAUCCAAACAAAUAUAAUCGUAUAUAUAAAUCUGUACAAUGUAUAAAUGAAUUCAUUUGUUGGAUUGAAAUAGAUUAUUCAUUUAAACAAUCCUAUAUGAUAGGGGAUUUAAAAAAGCAACUUAUUCAUUCAUUAAUUAAUGAAUUCAAUCAAAGAUUAUCAUCUUCAUUAUUGAAUCAAAUUGAUCAAGAAUAUUUAGAUCAAUUACAUAAUCAAUUAAAAUGUUCUGAAGAUCUUAUCAAAUGGAUUCAACAAGUUCUCAAUUAUUUAAAUCAAUUCUUAAUAGAAUUAUAUAAUCAUUAUAAUGAAACUACAUUAGAUACUCAUCAAUUUCAUUUCAUAAAUCCAUUAAUAUUUUUAUCUUUACCAUUAAAUGAUAAUUUAAUCAAUUCAGAAUUAUGGUUUAUUGAUUUAUGGAAUAAUCAAAUUGUAAAAAUAAUAAAAAAUUUUAUUGAUCAAUGGUCUAAUCAUCAUCAUCAUCAUCAGAAUUCAAUAAAACAAUCAAUAAAUUGUAUUGAUCCAACAGAUUGGAUUCUAUCAACAUGGCCAUGGCAUACAAUCAAUUGGUUAGAAUGUUUCAAUAAACAUAAACAUAAUAAUACAGAGAUGAUAUCUUCACCAUGUUUAAUACAUCUUAUUGAAUUAUGCACAUAAGAAAUAUAGUUAAAUCUUGAUUUGCUUCAUAUACUACUUACUAUUGCCAUUAGUAGUAGUAUUAGUAAGUAAUAACUAAAAAUGAUUUAUAUAAUCUUCAACGCUAACAGAUCAACAGAUUUAUAUCGUUUGAUUCACUAGAAAAAAAUGUAUGAUAUAACCAACUUUCAUUUUUUUGUUUGUAUAUACAUGAAAAUAAAUUUGCCUAGAAACAAUAUGUAUACAAAAUUGUGCAAAUAAAUCACUAUGGGAACAAUGUUAUUUGAUUACAUAAUCAAGGAAUAUAGAUUUACCAC